GAGAGAGAGCAGAGCAAAGCCGUGGCUUGUGGAUUGGAGUGGAGUGCUCAUGAUGAUGACGUGCGGGCCCGUUUGGGGCGGUGUUCUCCGACCCAGAAAAAGUCCGACUGGGGCGUGAGAGCCACAUCUGGAAUCGCAGCGAGCGAGGAAGACGCUCGAGUUCGUGAGAAGCCAAGACUUCAACUAUUUUGCUCUUUUUUUCCCGCUUUUAAGGAAACCUUUUAACCACUUGAAAAUGCUGCCCAUCCUGCUCGGAGUGCUCAUCUUGCACGUUAUCAUCCUCAUCCUUCUCAUCGUGUCCACAGCAGCAAGCGCUUGGACCGUGGGUGGCGACGUCAGCCGGGACCUGUGGUACAACUGCCUGAGCAAUGAUGUCGCCUACCAGUGCACGCCGGCCAGCAACGAAGAUUGGAUCCAGGCGGUGCAGGCUCUGAUGAUCCUGGCCGUCCUCUUCUGCUUCUUCUCGCUGGCGGCUUUUGUGUUCCAGCUCUUCAAACUGGUGAAGGGCGGCCGCUUCUUCUUCACCGCCAUCUUCCAGAUCUUAGCCAGUCUGUUUGUGAUGUGCGGGGCCAUCAUCUACACGGUGAUGAGAGCGGACGACUUGCCUGCGUCACAACUGGGCUACGCCUACGUGCUGUCUUGGGUCGCUUUCCCGCUCUGCCUCAUCAGCGGCCUCAUUUACAUUGUGCUAAGGAAGAAGGAAUGAGGGAGAGCGUGCAUGGCGAAGGAGGGUGAAAGAAGAUGAGAAGGAGGUGAAGGAGGGGGGGUUGCACUGGGCCUACUGCCCGCAGACCAACACCACGCAGAUGAGCGCAUCGGCCCAAACGCGUGUCCAAACUGCUUUUGUCAUGCCAUUGCGAAGCAGCGUCUGUGGCCUUUAGACAUAUUUAUAGCAUUUAUCCAUGUUUUGUUGUACAUAGUGUUGCUCACAUUGUCUCACUUGUUGUUAGGAAGCGUGCAUGUGUCUUGCACACGGCAUGCAGCUGUGUGUCCGCCAGAUAUUACGCUUCAGGCUUUCUCGUCUUUGUUUAAGUGCUUGUAUAAUGCGCCUAUGCUAAAAGGGGCGCUUCCAGAAGGAACUCAGCAAUUGUAUCAUGAAGUGUCUUUUUAUGCUGUGUGUGUGUUGAUACUCCAAAUAAAAGUGUUGCAUUUUACUUUUGAUAAAAAUGGUGCUCUUUUGUUGUUGCUUUUUGCGAUUCUUGAAAUGUAUAGCCUCUUGUUUAUCUACUUGGCAAGUGUGUUGUGUCCUGUGAUUAAUUUGCUCUAUGUAAGCAUCACAUUUCAAGUAUUGUCAGUAUUCUUUCAAAUAAACCUUCACUUGAGUAAAACAA